GAAGUCUUUUAAUAUUGGACGUUACGCGGUAACAAUAGUGUAUUAUCAUGAAUUCACAAUCUCUUGAAGACAACGACAUUUUACAUGAUUCGUCAUAUGCGAAUUGUGACAUCAAAAAACGUCAACGUUCUGAUAAGAUUUCAAAUCUUAUGGGUCAGUAUCUUUUGAAAGGAUGGAGAAUGUUAAACGAAUCUUGUCCUAAAUGUGAGACCAUUCUUUUCCAACAACCAAAUGGUCAGUAUUAUUGCGUAGCUUGCUUAGAAGUUGAUCAGGAAAAAUCCAAUUCUAUUAAAGAACCAUUGUUAGGUAACCAACACUUACUGAACAAAUCACAAAAUUUCUCGACAGCAUCGUCACCAUUUCGUAGUGAUGUUGACACUGGUUUACCAAAGAAAUCCACUGAUGCUCAGAUGAAACCGCUUUCCGAUAAUAAAAAAACUUCAACAAAUGCAUGCAGUGAAAUUAGUAUACUAACAGAACUACGUGAAAAAAUCCAUUGGUCUAUGUCUCAAUUGGUGGAGACUACUACACCUAUGGAAAUCCGGCAAUGGGUGGAUACACUCAAGUCUUUAUUAGAUCUAUGGGAUAAAUUGUUAAAAUCUAAUUUUGUCAAGUGCUAAUAUCAAGAAAGCCAUAUCAUAAAUGCAAGCCGAUACUAAAUGUAUUUUUGUGAAUACAGUCUUACUAAAAUUUAACAAGAUUAUGUUUUCUUCCGUAUUUUGUUAUUGUAAUUUUUACUUUGCAAAUUUUGUGCGAUUUCUGACUGAUAUAGUUUCAUAGAACACUAAUCCGCAUUUUUAUACUACUCUGAUGUGAUCAAUAAUGCAUAUGUGACCUUGAAGAGAACUUAUAUUUAGGAAAAAUUUCAUUCAUCAAUAAGCUUGAUUAGUGUAGAUCUUACCGUUCUGUUCAACAAAUAUUUACUUCGGGAUUUUAGAACGAAAAAACUCAUAGAAAUACCUUAUAAUGAUGUAUUCGUUCUUGUGAGUCUCACUUGUUAAUAAUGCAACCGAAAAAUCUAUCAGUUAGUGAUAAUCUAUAAGAUAGUAUAUAUUUGUAUUUAGGAAGUUUUAUCGACUACAGGACUUUCAAAAAUAUUUUGGUUUUCGUCUUCAGAAUGUCCGUGAAGGUGGUUAUUGCUGUGCUUCAUGAUUCUAUCUAACUAUUGUUCAAAUGGCUAGAGUAAACUUUAUCAUCUUGAAUCCUAAACACCAAACAACAGUUGGUCAGUCUUCAUGCUAUUUUACUAUGAUAAUAAUGUCGGCUGAAUUAAUCCUCAAUUUCGGAUGAUCAAAUCAAGUAUCAUUUUGUUUUUUUCAAAGCAGCCCGGCUAGUCAAUCGCUCAAACAGACUUAUUUUUAUGUGUAUGAUGCAAUGCCCUGGUACGGCCGAGAGUGGGAAGUCAUUUCUCUCCCUCGAAAUGCUCUCGCAUGGGCACGUGCAUACCACCACUGUCAGGGAAGUCCUACUCACUGCCUCCUCACGGCGGGGGUGUUGUUUACGAAAUUGAGAGGAGGAAGAGCGACUGUCCAGUGCUUUAACUGAGUUGUUGGGUAUGGAGGACCCACCUAGGGGAGUUGGAAAACCUUGAUUCCAAACCAGUGGUGUACAUAGGCUCCAGUACCCUGAGAGGACAAAUGGUGUAUGAACCUGUUGUUGGUCACCGGCUACCACGGGACUGCAUCUCCUGACUUUGUUCCACUGCCUUGUGGACCAAACCUUUAGGUCAAAGGCCCCGCGUGUGGCUCCCUAAGGAAACUACCUGUUCCGGUUUGGGCACCCGGGCAGUAUCCCAGCCCUCAAGUGAUUUAUGUGGCGCAUAUAUUUUUGGUGCCUCCUUAUAUCAAUGUUUAUGUGUUUAAAUAAAUAAAUAAAAUAAAUUUUAUGUUUAUUAAGUGCGUUCAGUUUUAGAUUGUUCGCUCAUCAAAAUUCCUUUCUUUUUAGUACCAUGUUUACAAGAGUAUUCUUGCUUCUCUCCGCCGUUGUCAUUGUUGAGAUGAAGUGGAAUUAUCGAUGCAUCACAAACUGAAACCUGUCGAUUUAUUAUUCAUGUUAUUUGGCGAUCGAAUCUUGUGUGGUAGGGAUCGUAGUUAACAGUAUGGAUAUUUAUUUAUUUAAACACAUAAAUAUUGGUACAAGGGGACACCAGAAUGUGAAGAAAAAAAGAAGGUGCGCAUAAGAAAAAAAGAAGAAUAACAACCACAGAUUAGUGUAUGGUAGUGUAAUAAUAUUAAUAAUGGGGGGAACGGAAAGGUACAAUCAGAAAGAAUUCCUUCAGUUAAGGGAGUUACAACCACUUGUUAUGAAGAAAGUAAGAGGUUAUAGCAGGAUCGCCACUGGCUUCUAUUCUGAGCCAUAUCUGAUAACGUCUCUAACCACUGUGUUGCACCAUCUCUCGG